AUGGCCGACGGCAAGAUGAGGAACGACGGAGGACCGUGCAAGGGCGGCUACUGGCCCGACGGCAAGGGCUGCUGUCCGGAGCUCAUCAACGGGAAGGCCUACUACCGCGACGGCAACAAGUGCUACCCCAAGGACGUCGGCUGCGGCGUCUACUACGCUGACGGCAAUGGGUUCUAUCCGGACGAGAAGGGCAACUACCUGAAGGCCGGCGAGUCGUGCUCGUGGGAGCGCAAGUGCCACGAGCGCUGCAUCCGCCCUGACGACCACAAGACCACCACGACCACGGAGGAGUGCCCCAAGGAGACCACCACCUCCAAGAAGCACACCACGACCACGGAGGAGUGCCCCAAGGAGACCACCACCACCAAGAGGCACACCACCACGACCGAGGAGUGCCCCAAGGAGACCACCUCCACCCGCAAGCACUACACCACGUCGACGACCGAGGAGUGCCCCAAGGAGACCACCACGACCAAGAGGCACACCACGACCGAGGAGUGCCCCAAGGAGACCACCACGACCAAGAAGCACACCACGACCACGACUGAGGAGUGCCCCAAGGAGACCACCACCACCAAGAGGGAGACCACCACGACCAAGAAGCGCACCACCACGACGACCGAGGAGUGCCCCAAGGAGACCACCACCUCCAAGAAGCACACCACCACCACGACGGAGGAGUGCCGCAAGACCACGACCGACAAGCCGUGCGAGGACGACAAGAACAAGAAGAAGUGCCCCGGCGGCCAGUGGAAGGACGGCCACGGGUGCUGCCCGCGCAAGGUCGGCCACGAGUGGCGCUACCGCGACGCCCAGGGCUGCUACCCGAUCGAGCUCGACUGCGGCGUGUUCUACGCCGACGCGCAGGGCUGUUAUCCGGACGAGCACGGCAAGUACCUCAAGGCCGGCGAGUGCUGCCCCGACCACCGCAAGUGCUGUCCCGAGUGCGAUGGCGCCUACUAG